AUGGUGAGGCGAUUCCGAAAAGUGCAAGAAUUACACGAUGAUGUCUUAUCCAAUGGUGUAUGGUUUGCAUGGAGUACACUUUUAUGGAGGUAUAAUGAAACACAAUUACGACUCUGCUAUAGGAAAAUCUACAUAUAUUUACGAGAUCAAGCCAGUGUGGGUCCCAUGGAGACGUUGAAGUAUACAGUAACCGGUUUUCACUUCCUGUUUAAGAUAUGGAUUUUAGACACAUUUCCAGAAGCUUUGAAGUAUGCCUAUCACACCGCAAAUGAAUUUCCAAGAAUGAGGGCAUGGAGAAUAGAAACACAAUUAACCGUCGAGCCAUUAUCUGAGUUGGACUUUGGACGGAGUGGAGUCUCCACCGAUGCAAUAGAUCCCCCUAAACAACGCUCUGCGUCACCUCAAUACUGUCAGUUCCAGGAAGCAGAUUACAUCAUCUCACCCUCUCAUGGUCGUGGUGUAGAGCACAACACCUCACAAGGAAGCAAAAUAGACAAGUUAACGGGCGUUAUUAAUCAUUUGAUAACCACAAAAAUUGAAAAAUGGGAAAAUGAAAGACAAUUUGGUGUGAAUGAUUUCGAUAAUAUGGAUGGCCAUGAUGAAACAUUUUUUGGUGGUUUGGAGAAAGAGUCACCUGCUACGUAUGUGGAGUUGCCACCGGUUGCUCAAUGA